GCUCUCUGUGGGUCAUGUCUUCUCUAGAGGCAGUUUUCUUCCUCAGCAGCACCAGCAUUUAUCAGUCAAAAUUGAUAGUAUAGACCAAACCCCGCCAGUUUAAAAUAGCUAAAUGGCCACGGGAGGCCAGUGAGUAAAAGUUCAGGAGAAGAAUUGCCCCUCUGCCUGGCGCUUUUUGCCUGAAUCUAAACUUACCCUUCAUAAAGAUAGAAUACCUGAUAUGUCAGAUGCCUCAAAAUCCUGGGAGUUCUUGCCCAUAAUGAGAUCUUGUUACAGGAUCUUUUUUUUUUUUUUUUUUUUUUUGAGACAGGGUCUCGCUUUGUGCCCAGACUAGAGUGCAGUGGUACAAUCACAGCUCACGACAGCCUCGACCUCCUGGGCUCAAGUGAUCCUCCUGCCUCAGCCUCCCGAGUAACUGAGACCACAGACACGUGCCAUCAUGCCCAGCUAAGUUUUUAUUUUUAGUUUUUAGUAGAGAUGAGGUCUCUCUGUUGCCCAGGCUGGCCUUGAACUCCUGGACUCAAGUGAUUCUCCCAUCUCGGCCUCCUAAACUGAGAUUAUAGGCGUGAGCCACUGUGCCCAGCCUACAGGAUGCUUUUGAAACUACCUGGGUGUCCACUUUUUGGGGUAGGUUAGCCUGUUUGCACAAAAGCUUGUGAUGGGGCCAGGGCGGGACUUCUGUCCUACCGUUACAUGGUUUGAAUAGCUUCUGAAGAAUUUUUCAAGUUACUUAAUCAUGUGACUUUAUGGGGGGCCUCGGUCACAUGGAUUGGAAGCUGCUUUCUGGUGGCAGAUGUGGCUCUGAAGUUGUGCCAGUUCUUGGCUGCAAGAUUGCUGAGGUACUUUCUUCGUUUUUGCUGAGGGGUGAUCCUUUACCACAAAGCAGGAGAUAUUCUUUGGUUCGUUAGGACAAAGGGAUUUUUCUCUUAAAGGGAGUAGUACAGAAUUGUUGGGGAAUUCUGUUUUAUCUGUGACUUUUUUUUUUUUUUCCCCUCACAGAUGCGAGAUCCAAGUCUUGUUGGAAGUAGUCUAGAGAGCACAGUUUCAAAGGAGAGUGCAGUGGUACCAGAAGGAGGAAUUUGCCAUUUGUUGAGCAUUGGCAAUGAAUCAGAAGUUGUGCUAGGAAAUCAGCUUGCUUGCUGAGUAAGUGAAGUCUGCACGGAACCCUGAGGAGUUGCUGCCAGCCCGCGGUUGCAAGGACAGACCACGCCCACGGAGGCUGCCGCCGAACGUUGACAAAGAACAGCCUCAGUUUCCCAUUAUUCUCUUCAUCCCCACGCUUGCCAAAGAACCUUCCAAAGUAGGAAGAUAGUUUUCCAUGUUGUAAUCAUGUCUGCCCAAUGAAGACUCCAUAAAAGGCCCAAGAGGAUGGGAUACAAAGAGCCUUUGGACCACUGCGUGGAAGUUCUAAGAAAGAACACAGGCAUACACAGGAAGAUACAUUCACAGAAAGAGCUUCCUGCACAAAGCAAGCCACCAGCACAACAUGACAGUGAAGACCCUGCAUGGCCCAACCAUGGUCAAGUACUUGCUGCUGUCGAUAUUGGGGCUUGCCUUUCUGAGUGAGGCGGCAGCUCGGAAAAUCCCCAAAAUAGGACAUACUUUUUUCCAAAAGCCUGAGAGUUGCCCGCCUGUGCCAGGAGGUAGUAUGAAGCUUGACAUUGGCAUCAUCAAUGAAAACCAGCGUGUUUCCAUGUCACGUAACAUCGAGAGCCGCUCCACCUCCCCCUGGAAUUACACUGUCACUUGGGACCCCAACCGGUACCCCUCGGAAGUUGUACAGGCCCAGUGUAGGAACUUGGGCUGCAUCAAUGCUCAAGGAAAGGAAGAUAUCUCCAUGAAUUCUGUUCCCAUUCAGCAAGAGACCCUGGUCCUCCGGAGGAAGCACCAAGGCUGCUCUGUUUCUUUCCAGUUGGAGAAGGUGCUGGUGACUGUGGGCUGCACCUGCGUCACCCCUGUCAUCCACCAUGUGCAGUAAGAGGUGCACAUCCACUCAGCUGAAGAAGCUGUAGAAAUGCCACUCCUUACCCAGUGCUCUGCAACAAGUCCUGUCUGACCCCCAGUUCCCUCCACUUCACAGGACUCUUAAUAAGACCUGCAUGGAUGGAAACAGAAAAUAUUCACAAUGUAUGUGUGUAUGUACUACACUUUAUAUUUGAUAUCUAAAAUGUUAGGAGAAAAAUUAA